AUCAACCAAGACGGUACCGUCUCGCGCAUUCACAAUUGGCAUGCGAUGACAGAAGCCGAAAGGGAAAGGACACAGCGUGUGAUUGCCAAGAGGAACCAGUCGAGAUCGGCUGUAUUGCGCAAAGAGGAAGGGUCAAAGCAGGGCGAUAGCAGAGCCAAGGAGGGGGUCGAAUAAUACAAGCACAUUCACAAGAGAAGGAGGACAUGAGAGUGCAGAAUAGGUCUACCUCUGCAUCUCAGGCAAUGACAUCCCAGCUACACC